CGGCCUACUACUGGCCGGAAAGCCCCCUAUGCUAAUACAGGCGCCUAGAAUUGCCGGGAAGUCCCCCAGGCUGAGGAGGUGCGGUCCCCAGCGCAGAGUGUCUCUUCGCGCGGUCAGUUGCCGUUCCAUCCGAUCCUUCUGCCUCCCUCUUUUUACUCCUUCUCUCCGCUGCUCAUGGACGACAAGUGGAAUGGCAAGGACCGCAGGCACAUCAAGCUGCUGUUCGCGCUCGGGUGUUUGGUGCUCCUGCUGGUGGCGACAGCAGUAGCCCUGAUGCACUUUUUAGUGCAAGUCCACAGCGAAGCCUGCCAAAGUGGCCUCCGGGCGGAGGAAAAGUGCCGCAACGUCACCAAUCACCUGCGCAGCCAGCUGAGCAUGGCCUGGCAGGUCUGGCGAGAGGACCAGACCACCUGCAACAGGACAAUGGAAAAACUGAAUGCGACCCUGACCAACACGAAAACUCAAGUGCAGAAGCAGCAGGAACAAAUGCAGGACCUGAGGGAUGAAAUCACGGAUUUAAAGCGGAAGCUGCAAGAGUCUCAGGAGAGGGAGCAGCACCUCAGGAAUGAGCUCAAUGCCGCCCGCCAAAUGGGUCCCAAAAACUCGGCCCGCCCCUUGGCCAUCUCCAUCGGCCUGGUGCUGGCGAUGCUUCUGCUGCUGAGCCUGGCUGCGCUGCGGUCCUGAGGCUGCAGUGUGCGCCAAUCUGGUUCCAGCUCUUUUGGCUUCGAAGUCCCCUGACCGACAGUUCUGCAGGAUGAACGGGCAGCAUGGUUUGGGUUUGGAGGGAAGGGGCAGUCUGGGGCUGGGUAUGGUGGAGAGGAACUGGGCUAUGUCUCCAGAUGGAAAACCCUUCUAUGGGGUGGGAUGAGGGCACCUGCUUCUGCUUCUCACUGUCAAGGCUGAGGGGUCCCUUUCUUCUAGGGCCUUUCUGUUCCAAAAAAAUAAACACGGUUUCUAGAGAAAAGAA